AUGUCUCUCUUGGAGGAUUUCUUCCUUUUCUCUAGUCCCACCACUUUUUUGGGAGUUGUUGCCCUUCUGCUCAUCCUUUAUCUUGUUUCCAGCCGUUCUGCCUCACAGGAAAAAGGGAAGAAGCCUCCAGGACCGAGGCCUCUUCCCUUGCUUGGUAACCUGUUGCAGCUUGAUCUCAAGAGACCGUACAUUACCCUCUGUGAGCUUUCUAAGACAUAUGGCUCUGUGUUUACGGUGUACUUGGGAACUAAUGAAGUGGUUGUCCUGGCUGGAUACAAGGCAGUAAAAGAGGCUCUGGUCAGCUACGCAGAAGAGUUUGGAGACAGAGACAUCUCCCCGAUUUUCUAUGACAGCAAUCAAGGCCACGGAAUCCUGUUUGCUAAUGGAGAAUCUUGGAAAGAGAUGAGACGUUUUGCUCUCACCACGCUGAGAGACUUUGGGAUGGGCAAAAGAGUCGCCGAGAGUAAAAUCUUAGAGGAAUGCCACCAUCUUAACCAGCUGCUUGAAAAGCACGAAGGGAAACCAUUUGAAACAGCAUGCCCAGUGAAUUAUGCAACAUCCAAUAUCAUCUCAUCCAUCGUGUAUGGCAACAGGUUUGAAUACGAUAACCCCAGUUUCAAAAACAUGGUGAGAAGAGCCAACGACAACAUACGCUUGGUCGGCUCUGCACAAAUCCAGCUUUACAACAUGUUUCCCAGGCUGGUCAGCUGGAUCGAAAACCGGCAGCUGAUAUUAAAAAACACUGAGACGUCUAUCAGUGUUGUGAAAGAUUUAAUCAACAGUCUGAAGGAGACGCUGAACCCGCACCUCUGCAGGGGGCUUGUGGACUGUUUUCUGAUUCGGAAGCAGAAAGAAGAGGACUCUUGUGUUACGGACACUCACUACAAUGAGAAGAACUUGAUAUUUACAGUGACCAACCUGUUUGCUGCUGGUACUGAUACCACAGCGACUACACUGAGAUGGGGUUUGCUGCUAAUGGCUAAAUAUCCACAUAUACAAGACCAGGUCCAGGAGGAGCUGAGCAGGGUGUUAGAAAGCCGAGAGGUUCAGGUUGAUGACCGGAGGAACCUGCCGUUCACUGACGCUGUCAUCCACGAGACACAGAGGCUGGCCAGCAUCACCCCGAUGGCCAUUCCUCACAAAACCAGCCGAGAUGUCACCUUCCAGGGCUACUUCAUCAAACAGGGGACUGUUGUGAUUCCUCUUCUUACUUCUGUCCUGCAUGAUGAGAGUGAAUGGGAGAGCCCACACACUUUCAACCCUUCCCACUUCCUGGAUAAGGAGGGUAAAUUCAUCAGGAGAGAUGCCUUCAUGCCGUUUUCUGCAGGUCGCAGGGUGUGUCUGGGAGAGAGUCUGGCUAAAAUGGAGCUCUUCCUCUUCUUCACCUCCCUCCUCCAGCACUUCCGUUUCACUCCUCCACCCGGAGUCACAGAGGAGGAGCUGGAUCUGACACCAGCUGUGGGCUUCACCCUCGGCCCGUCAGCUCACAAACUGUGCGCUGUCCGUCGUCAAUAA